AUGAGGUCUUAUCCCAGCCUCGGCCUCAGGUUCUUUGUGGCGGUGCACGUGGGCGCCGGGUUCCACGUGCCGGCGAACGAGAAGGUCUGCCACCGGGCCAUGAAGCGCGCCUGCCUCGCCGCCGCCGCCGUCCUCCGCGAGUUCCGGUCCUUAAACCCUAGCCCCCUACAUGCUCCACUUCCGUCCUCCUCCCACGUUCCAGGCACUGGCACGAGUCUUGAUGCUAUUGCAGCUGCCAUUCGAGUGUUGGAGGAUGACCCCAUUACAAACGUUGGCCGAGGUUCAAGUUUGACUGAGAGCGGUCGGGUGGAAUGUGAUGCAAGUAUCAUGGAUGGAAGUAAAUGUUCCUACGGAGCUGUGCGAGCUGUGCAAGAAUCAAUUCUCUAUGAUGCUGAAAUACUUAACGCAAACAACGACUUGUAUUCAUUGAACAAUGGAACCACUGCACGGUUUUUGGUCGGUGAAGGAGCAUACACAUGGGCCGAAUGUAAAGGAAUCGACCUAGUUGGAGCUACAUCGGAGGAAGAUAAUUGGUUAGUGACUGAGAAUGCAAAAGCGCAGUGGGUAAAAUACAGUUCAUUGAUUGCUAGAGCCAUGGAAUCGCUAGGGUUCACCGCCGCCAGCGCCGCCGUCCCGUACUCGCGCCGUCGCCCUUCCCCGCCGCCAGCGCCACCGUUCGCCGUCCCCGCCGUCCUAGCUCUCCUCCAGCCGCCCUUCCCCGCCUGCUGCUCCGACCACGACGGCAAGGGAAGUGGCUCGAGUCUCGAUGCUGUUGCAGCUGCCAUUCGAGUGUUGGAGGAUGACCCCAUUACAAAUGCUGGCCGAGGUUCAAGUUUGACCGAGAGUGGUCGGGUGGAAUGCGAUGCGAGUAUCAUGGAUGGAAGUACAGGUACCUACGGAACUGUUGGAGCUGUGCAAGGCAUAAAGAAUCCUAUCCAAGUUGCAUUACACUUGGCAAAGGAACAGAUGAUGGGCCCUUCACUGCUUGGUCGGAUACCCCCCAUGUUUUUGGUCGGUGAUGGAGCAUACAAAUGGGCCAAAGAUAAAGGAAUCGACCUAGUUGGAUCUACAAAUUGGUUAGUGACCGAGAAUGCAAAAGCACAGUGGGUAAAAUACAGUUCAUUGCUUGCUAGUGCCAAGGAAUCGGUAAAUCGUGCCACUGCUUCUGCUUCAGAAUCAAGUUCAGUACAGUUGGAAGCAUCAGGAGCUGAAGCUGAGAUUUUGAACAAUGUAAAGGAGGCGAAGAUAUUCACACGACCAAUCAUGGAAGAUGAUCAAGAUUGUGUAAUGGAUACUGUUGGUGUUGUUUGUGUUGAUGACUACGGAAAUGUUGCAGCAGGUGCAUCUAGUGGUGGCAUUGCACUAAAGGUAGAUGGCCGGGUUGGGUUGGCUGCUAUGUAUGGCUCUGGGUGCUGGGCUUCAUCCAAAGGACCCUUUGGCACACCAUUCAUAGUUGGGUGUUGUGCAACCGGAGCUGGUGAACACUUAAUUAGAGGAUUUGCUUCCCGUGAAUGUUGUGUCUCAGCAUCUCUGUCACCAUCAGGACCUGCUUCUUCCUGUACCAAAGUUCUGCGCUCGGUGGUUCAAAGCAGCAGCGAGAUGUCUCACGACACCGGUGCUGGGUUGUUACUGGUUCAGGCUGAUGUUAUAAAGAGAGGGGAGUUGUCUGUACUUGAAGCCACUGAGCUUGUCGCUGCGUACUCCUCCUCAUCGUUUGGCAUCGGGUAUUUCGGGAGCAAUAUGAGCAAUCCGAAGGUUUUAAUGCUUAGAGACUCAAGAACUGCAUCUGGUUCCAUCCAGCACUUUGCUACUCGAGUUCAUUUCGGUGCACCGUCGAGCGAAGAAUGACAACGUGCACAAGGCAAAACAUCUUCCCUGCGGGAACACGGCGUGUCCGUGCGCAUGCUAAUCCUAGCGCUCUUGGCAUCUCUUUUAUUUUUUCUUCUCUGUUGAGUGAAACAUUUCCAUCUUGCUAAUGGGUGAGCAGCGCCAUAGAUAACUUGUUGCUGGGUGAUCCAUUCACAUUCUGCCACAAUUGCUGACAAGGAUGCACACAACAAUCGUAUCGGAAGUAGCUUUUCAGAUUUAAAGAUGUUUGUCAGAGUGGUAGUAUGCCCGAGUAGUGAAUCUGGAACUGAGGUGAUCUCGA